CACAACGUGAAUCUCUCUGUGAUGAAUUUGACCGAGUAUGAGGUGAAAGCGUGCCCGUCCACGAUAUAUUAUGUGCCAAAUUUCGUCUCGCGAGAAGAGGAAACGCAAAUACUGCAAGCGGUAUCCAGAGCACCGAAACCCAAAUGGACACAGUUGAGCAAUCGGCGAUUAUUAAACUAUGGCGGUAUCCCGCAUCCAAAGGGUAUGGUGGCAGAAACCAUACCCCAAUGGUUGGACCAGUUCGUGGAGCGUGUCAAUCGGUUGGACGUGUUCGAGCCAGGAACGAAAGCGAAUCAUGUUCUGGUGAACGAAUAUCUGCCGGGACAGGGCAUUAUGCCGCAUCUCGAUGGGCCGCUGUUUUAUCCGACCAUCACAACCAUUUCGUGCGGCUCACACACGGUGCUAGAGUAUUUCGACCAGAUGGAAACUGAGCCCACGAAGGCUGUUGGCAAGGCCGGUGGAGCGCUGGUACGACAUUGUAUUGCUAGAUUACUGAUUGAGCCCCGCAGUUUGCUGGUCGUGAAAAAUGACAUGUACCACCGGUAUUUGCACGGCAUCCAAGAACAGGAUCACGAUGUGAUCGAUGAUCGAAUAGUGAAUCUGGUAACCGCCGAAGCCGACGGUGGUGCCAAGAUUGGAGAUGUGCUCCCCAGGUCAACGCGACUUUCUUUGACAAUUCGCCAUGUUCCUAAGACGACCAAAAUGAAAAUAAAACUAUUUUAA